GGUAGCUUCUAAACGAAGCCAAAGACUUGCUGUUGAUCAAAAACUUUUUAAGUCAAUGCUGUACGGAAAAUGGUGUACUGUUUCUCUCUUCACACUCAAAACCCAUCUCUUAUUCAUUCAUUCAUUCAUAAAUUCUCUCUCUACACUUAAUUAAAUGCAGUUGCCACUACUCCCUUUGCUACUGCUGAAAGCUGAGCCUCUGAAAAACUGAUUAUUCCCAAAAGUUACAUGCAUAAACAUAGUUGAUAUAUAUACACACAACCCCAAUAGACUGACCCAAAGCUAGAAACAAAAUAAUAAUAUCACACCCUUUGCCUGUAAUUGCUUAAUUCCCUGUAAAAACUGUAUAUAUUUUCCAUUGCUUUUGACAUUAUUAUAAACUACUAGUAAAACGCAUUCGCUGAAGAGGAGAAAGAGAUGAAUAGAAGCAGCACAGUAUUGGAAUCAAUGCCUGUUGGGUUCAGAUUUCGUCCCACGGAAAAAGAGCUCAUCACUCACUUUUUGAAGCUGAAAAUGCUUGGUGAGAAUUCCAAAGUCCAAGAUUUCAUCGGUGAGGUCGAUGUCUGCAAGUUCGAGCCUUGGGAGUUACCUGCGCAAUCGGUGCUGAAGUCGGAUGACCCAGAAUGGUUCUUCUUCUGCCGCCGAGAUUACAAGUAUACCAACAGCAAACGCUGCAACAGGGCAACCAAAGCUGGUUAUUGGAAGGUCACUGGAAAAGAACGUCAAAUCAAGUCUCCAGCCACUAAAGCUCUCAUUGGCAAGAAGAGGACUUUGGUCUUCCACAAAGGUCGUAAUCCUAGCGAAGGGACUAACUGGGUCAUUCACGAGUAUUAUUCUGUUGAAACUUUUCCUGACCAGAUACCCUUUGUUCUCUGUCGUUUGAUGGAAAAACCAGAUAAGAAGAAAAUUCCUAAUGGUGAUGAUGGUGAACCUAGCAGCCAUAGUGUGGCUUGUUUUGAAAAUGAAGAACUACACGAUACAAUUCCGGAGAUGAGAGCAUACGAUCACUCAGAUGUGAAUCUUGAUUCGAUCUUUAGGCCUUCACAACCACCAGAUGAGUACCCCUCCGCACAGCAGCAAAUUGAUUUUCCCUUUCCCAAUGGCUCUAGCUAUGCCUGGAAUGAGUUGCAACUUCCAUCCGAAGCUGAUGAACCAGAUGAGAAUCCCAACGAGUUCGUGAAUUCGGUUUUUGUUGACAAUGAUGAAUACUUCUGGCAGGACACAACACACCCUGUUUUCAAUGUCUCCGGCCAGUCAUUGCCAUUUCCAGCUCAUGAAGACCAUGGACUGCGUUACCUUAGAUCAGCAAGUUCAAGUUCAAGUUUCUUGAAUGAACCUGCUGGAAUGGAGGAAUACCUGCAGAUGGAAAUGGUUAGGACACCAAGUGGAACUUCCAAUUUUGACCAGUUCAAAAAGGAUAUAAAUGUUCCUAUUCAUAAUCAGUUCUCCGUGCAGAAUGCUUCCUCUGUUAGCUUAACUAAAGAUUUACAUUCGAUCAAUUGUCUUUACCUUGCAACCGACUCUAUCAUUGAAAAACCACGUGAACCUGAGAAACCACGCAAACUUGUAAUGCCAUUUGCAGUUCCAUGCAAAGCUGAAAAACCAACUGCACUUGAAAUACCAAAAGCACCUGAAAAACCAUGCCAACCUCCAAGACCUAUCGAAUUAAUAAGAACGGGAGUUACUUCAAGAAGAAUCCAGGUGAAGAGUGAAGGUUUGCAAACAGCUGAAUCAGGAAACAAGGUCAGAGAAGCUGCUGCACAGAAUACUGCUGCUAAUCUAUCCCAAAAAGAAGAGCGUGAUCCAGGGCGUAAAGACGAAAGGAAAACAGUUCAAGACAAGGCCGCAUGUGACGUGUCACCUUGCGGAAAUUGGAAGAGUUUCUUCGUUUUUGUGGAACCACCUUGUAAAUCUAGUCCACCAGCAGUAUAUUUCUUCAGUGCACUUAUAGGCGUCUUGUUAUUUGCUGUCUUUGUUAGGGAGGCUUUUUUAUUUGGAAACUGGUGCUAGUCUGCUGGACAUUAGACUAAAGCUUUUUUUU